CCAUUUUAUUUUAGUUUGGUUUGGAAAAGCCAACGUCGUUCCUCGCUUUGCUGCAAAUAUUUUUUGAAUAAAUUAGUAUUAAAUAUUAUUAAUUUAUUUAAUAUUAGUAGUUAUAUAUCUAUACAUAUAUAUAUAUUAGUAGCAACUUAAUAUAUAAAUUAUAUUAACGAAAAACGUAAAAGCAACAUAAAAUUACUUUUUUCGUUCAAGUAAUAUAAAAAAGCAAGGAAAAAUACAAUUUAAACAACUAUACCUACGUAAGUGAAAAAAUAAAUCGAUUUUUCAUUUUUUUCACACACAAAGAAGUAACCCGAAGACUUAUAAAAGAAGAAAAAAUAGAAAGCGAGGCGGCGGCUUUGGUCUAUAGAUAAAAUAAGUUGUAGAAAACAUAAAACUUUUUUCAACUGGAACUUGUAAUACAAUUCUAAUACAAAAAGUUUUUAAGCUACUUAUUCUUGAAAAAAAAGAAAAUCAGCAAAGUUAGAAAUAUAAAAAAAAAAUACAAACAACUAUCAUUUAAAUCGAAAAAAUAAGAAAAAUAUUUGUUUGUAAAAGAAUAUAUUAUCAAAGACAAACCAAACAUGUAUCCCAAUGGUUAUACUGCUACAACACAGGGUGUUACAGCCCCAAAUGCCAAUUAUGCCAAUGGUAAUAUGAAUAAUGGACCACGUCCCGAACGUCCACAAUAUCAACGCAACAACAGCGGUGGUGGUGGUAAUGGUGGAGCAUCGUAUGGUGCACCCAAUAAUAUGGGUGGUGGUUAUGGUGGUAAUCCACAAGCUACUGCCUAUGGUGGUGGUUAUCGUAAUAACUUCAAUCCCAUGAUGGCUAAUGGUGGACAAAAUUUCUAUAAUAAUUCCGCUGGUGGCUAUAAGCCACGUGGCAAUAAUCCCAAUUUUACACCACGUUAUCAGAAACCACAAAAUGGCAAUGGUGGCUAUCAACCCAAUAAUUCUUAUAAACCAGCCAUUAACUUGGGUUCUCUAUCGAAGGAAGAACGUGCUGAGCUACAACGUGAAAAGGCCAAAAAUCCUGGCCGCACUUUAUCCACACCACAAUGGGAAGAUUUGCAACCUUUUAAGAAGAAUUUCUACAUUCCCCAUCCAAAUACCUUGAACAAGAGCGAACAAGAAGUAUCGGAUAUACGCGCUGAUUUGCAAAUUACCGUGUCAGGCAAUGAUAUUCCUCAUCCUAUUGGUUCAUUUGAAGAAUGUACUUUGCCCGAAUACACUAUUGAAGAAAUGAAACGUCAAGGUUUUACCAAACCUACAGCUAUACAAGCUCAAGGUUGGCCUAUUGCUUUGUCGGGUCGUGAUUUAGUCGGUAUAGCUCAAACUGGCUCGGGUAAAACUUUAGCUUAUAUGUUGCCAGCUAUGGUACAUAUUGCCAAUCAACCACCACUACAACGCGGUGAAGGACCCAUUGCUUUAGUCUUGGCUCCAACACGUGAAUUGGCUCAACAGAUCCAGUCUGUCGUACGUGAUUAUGGUCAUUUAUGCAAACCUGAAAUACGUCAUACCUGCAUCUUUGGUGGUUCAUCUAAGGUGCCACAAGCUCGUGAUUUAGAUCGUGGUGUUGAGGUCAUCAUUGCCACUCCCGGACGUUUAAUUGAUUUCCUCGAAAAUCGUACCACAAAUUUACAACGUUGUACUUAUUUGGUCUUAGAUGAAGCUGAUCGUAUGUUGGAUAUGGGUUUUGAACCUCAAAUACGCAAGAUUAUCGAACAAAUUCGUCCUGAUCGUCAAGUUGUCAUGUGGUCUGCUACUUGGCCCAAAGAAGUACAAGCUUUAGCUGGUGAUUUUCUCAAUGAUUAUAUACAAAUUAAUAUUGGCUCCAUGAAUCUAUCAGCCAAUCAUAAUAUUCGUCAAAUUGUCGAAAUCUGUCAGGACAAUGAGAAACCACAAUUGGUGGUGAAAUUAUUAAAGGAUAUUUUGCCAAAUCAAAAUAAUGCCGCCAACAAUAAUAAUAAGAUUAUUAUAUUUGUGGAGACUAAAAUCAAAGUUGAAGAAAUAUUGCAAAUUAUCCGCAGCGAAGGCUACACAGCCACCUCAAUACACGGUGAUAAAACCCAAGCUGAGCGUGAUUCAGUAUUGAAAGAUUUCCGCAAUGGUAAAUCCAAUAUAUUGAUCGCUACCGAUGUGGCUUCGCGUGGUCUCGACGUGGAAGACUUGCAAUAUGUCAUCAACUAUGAUUAUCCCAAUUCCUCGGAAAAUUAUGUUCAUCGUAUUGGACGUACUGGACGUUGUCAACAAUUGGGCACUGCUUAUACAUUCUUUACACCCGACAAUGCCAAACAGGCUAGAGAAUUGAUAUCCGUAUUAGAAGAAGCCGGUCAGCAGCCUUCGCAGGCACUUAUAGAUUUGGCACGUUCAAUGGGUGGUGGCGGUAAUAAUCGCAAUAAUAACAAACGUUGGCAAACACCCAAUCAAGGUAAUCAACAGCAACAGCAGCGUAAUAAUCCUUUAAAUUAUCAAGCUAAUGGAGGCCAAGGUGGUGGUAGUUAUACACCUAAACCACAAUAUCAACAAUAUAAUAACAAUGCUGGCGGCAGUGGUGGCUAUCAGCAGCAACAACAAAAUGGUGGUGGCAAACCAGGUGGUAUGGGUAAUUGGAAUAAUCGUAAUAAUGGUCAAUAUAACAAUGGUACCACUGGCCAAGAGGGUGGUAGACCUUAUCGUCCUCGUGCUCCUUUCAAUGCUGCCGGUGGUAAUGGUCCACGUCCCAUGAUGGGUGGCUAUGUAGCUCAUCCUCAUAUGCCUCCACAUAUGCAACAACAAGCUGGAGGCUAUAUGGCUCCCCAACAAUAUCGCCCACGUGGCCAGUAUAUGCAACCCAAUGGUAGUACACCACGUUUCCAACAGUAUCAAAAACGUGACUAUCAACAACAAAACGGACAAAAUGCUAAUGGUCAAUAUAAUAAACAAAUGAUGGAUCAAAAUAAUCAACAAGAUGCUACUUCUCUAGCAGCUCAACAGCAACAAAUCAGUGUGGCUGCUAAUAUAGCAGCUGCAGUUGCUGCUGCUGGUGGCCAAGUGGGUGGUCCAGCAGAAUAUCCUAAUGUUUCUACACCACCAGCUGGUGCAUUAUAUGCAGCACCUGCACAAUCACCACCAGCUGCCGGAGCACCUGCUUAUAUGUAUGAUGCCAGUGGCAUGUUGGCUGCUGCUGCAGCUGCUGCUGGUAAUCCUUAUGCUGCUGCUGGUCAAUAUGGACCACCACAUACGGCUUACUAUGCUGCUCAUCCUCAUCAAUUUGCUGCUGCACCUAAUGGUGGAGUGGCUACCAACGCCAAUGGAGCCAAUCAGGGCGCCGAGUUAAUUGCCCAACCUCAACAGCAGUAAAUGAAGAAAAAUAAGGUACAUUUUUUUCCAAUUCCCUCAUAUAUUCAAAAUAUAUAUAUAAUUUUUUUUUGCAAAACAAAAAACAAAUAUUAUUAAUAUUAAUAAUUAAUCAAUUAAAUUAACUAUGAAGAUACAAAAACAAAAAAAAAACAUAAUUUUAAAAAAAUAUCAAUUAAUCACUAUAACACUACUAAAGGAAAAAAACGAAAAAAAAAAACUGAUUUCUUUUUCUCCAAAAAACAAACAAUUGAUGUAAAACGAAAAUAUUUUUAAACCUUUUUUUUCGUUCAUUAAAAACAAAUGAAAUAUUAAUGAAUUAUAAAAAUAAGAAACAAACAACAAAAAAAGGGUUUGAAAUUUUUAAAAAAAGGAGUUUUUUUUAAACACAGCAUUUAUUUAAAAAAAGACAUCACUUUAAACAGAUGCUGGUCAUCUAAGAACUAGAACAAAAAAAAACUCCCUUUAAAAAUUAACAUAAAAUGAAAAAUACAAAACAAAUCAACA